CUGAAGUUUCUUUCCGGAUGUGCACUGCUUUUUGUUGACCGUGCUUGACACCGGUGCGCUGUUCUUUUUGAAGCAUGAAAACAGACUCUCAAGACCUACCUGACACGGCCGGCAGCAGCGUGGACCAGCAGCCAGGAUGAUCCCAGUGGGAGAAUUCCGGAACAUCGGCAUCGAGCAGAACUCCAAGUACCGGGUGCUCAAACCGUGGUGGGAUGUUUUCUCCGAGUACCUGUGCGUCGCCAUGCUCAUGAUUGGCGUCUUUGGGUGCACCUUGCAGCUCACCCAAGAUAAGAUCGCCUGCCUGCCAAGUCCCUUCACUAGUCCAACACCCAGUGCCAUCGACUGCAGCUACAUCCUGAACUACGCCGACAAUGAGACGUGGAUGAGUUUAAAACCUACCAAUCCUGUCAUACGGGAGGUGAUUGGCCGCAAGAACAACCUGGACAUCCACCAGUACGUCUUCAUCAACCACUAUUGCUACGAGAGGUUUGUGCACUGGUAUGCAAAAUUCUUUCCGUACCUGGUGGUGAUCCACACAAUGAUGUUCAUGGUAGCGAGCAGCUUUUGGUUCAAGUUUCCCGGGACUUCCUCUAAACUUGACCUCUUUGUCACCAUCCUGGGUAAGUGCUUCGACUCCCCCUGGACCACGAGGGCCUUGAGCGAAGUUUGCGAGGAACGAGGCGAGGAGAAACUGGUCAUUUUGAGGAGGACGACCAUGUCCAAAGAUCCAUCUGAGAAACGGACGGAUGAGGAGGAGACCACCUUGCUUCCUCCAGUUGGCUCUUCCAAAUCUAAUCCAGAAAAAAAAAGUCUGGAUUCUCAAUCUGCUCCGUCGGUGCUGGAUAAGAAGGAAGGAGAGCAGGCCAAAGCUCUGUUUGAGAAGGUGAAAAAGCUUAGAACUCAUGUGGAGGAGGCAGACAUCUUGUACAUUAUGUAUGUGCUGCAAACAUCCCUCAAGGUCUUCAAGUUCCUUUUGAUCAUCAUCUACACAGCAGCACUGUCUCCAAACAUUGAGAUUGUGGUUCGCUGCUUGGUUCCCCCUGAGCUGACAGGUUUUGACAUUUAUUGUUGUAACCACAACAAAGCUCAUCUUUUCUCGAAACUGGCCUAUUGCUACAUCUGCUUUGUGGGCGUCUAUGGCAUCUUGUGCAUCUAUACGCUCUACUGGCAGUUCCACCGCCCCCUGAGGGUGUAUUCCUUCGAGCAUGUCAGGCUAGAGACGGGCAUCAACGACAUACCGGAUGUAAAGAAUGACUUUGCCUUUCUUCUUCACCUGGUGGACCAAUACGAUGACCUAUACGCCAAAAGAUUUGCUUUCUUUCUGUCUGAGGUCAGUGAGAGUCGCCUCCAUCAGCUCAACCUCAACCAUGAAUGGACCACUAAAAAGCUGCGAGCCCGUCUCGCUAAAAACGCCAAUGACCAUCUGGAGCUCCACCUGUUAAUGUUGCCGGGACUUCCCGACACAGUCUACGAGCUGAUGGAAAUGCAGUCUCUCAAAUUGGAGCAAGUUAAAAGCAUUAUGAUCUCGCCCAGUGUGGCUAAGCUAGAGAAACUUCGGGAUUUGUCGCUGGUUUACUGCCAGGCGAAGCUCCAGCUGCCCGCCUUGAAACAUUUCAAAGAUCAACUGAAGGUCCUACGACUAUGGUUUGAAGGUUUGGAUGAGGUACCUGAGUGGAUGUACCACCUGCAAAGACUUGAGGAGUUGCAUCUGAAUGGCCCAUUAGCCACCCUGGACUCCCUUCGAAAUCUUACGGCCCUGAGGGUACUUACCAUGAACUCCAAUCUUACAAAAAUCCCAGCCAGCAUCUAUGAUGUCGCCCUGAACCUGCAGCAUUUGAGCAUCUACAAUGAAGGGAACAAGCUCCAAGCCUUCAGCAGCCUGAAGAAACUCACCAACUUGGUGUCCCUGGAGUUGGUGGGCUGCGAGCUGGAGCGCAUUCCAAGCGCCGUCUUUAGCUUGAGCAAUCUGCAGGAGUUGGACCUCAAAGAAAACAAGCUGACCACAGUAGAGGAGAUUCUGAGUCUGCAGCACUGCCAUCGACUGGUGACGCUGAGGUUGUGGCACAACAAGAUCACCUACAUUCCAGAUCACAUCAGUAAGCUAAACACCUUGGAGACUCUGGACAUCAGUUGGAAUAAACUCAAAAGGAUCCCCAGCCGGUUGUUCUACUGCACCAAGCUCAGGCACCUGGAUGUCUCCCACAACCAGAUCACCUCCAUCCCGGCUGAGGUGGGCAUCCUGCAGGGCCUGCAGUUCUUCUCUGCUGCUUUCAACUCGAUAGAGAUGCUACCUGAGGAGCUGUACUCUUGUAAAAGACUAAACACUCUGGCUCUUGGGAACAACUCCCUGCUCUUCCUGAGCUCCAAGAUCGCAAAUCUGCUCCAACUGGUCCGACUGGAGAUUAAAGGAAACCGCCUGGAUGCUCUGCCUGUGGAGAUAGCAAACUGCCCCUUGUUGACUUCUAAUGGGAUUGUAGCAGAGGACAACCUGCUGCAGGUGUUGCCUUUAGAGAUGCACAGAAGUCUGAGUAGUAUCUGACUUGGCCCCUCUUAAAAAGCUUCAUUGAUUUGUCUAGACCAGAUUUUUGGUCUGUUUACAACUACAGUUUGCAAAGUGGAACUCAAUUCAUUACAAACUUUUUUGUCCAUAGGAAAUAAUGCACAAACUGGAAUGUAGUAGAAAUGUAUAAAGGAAGCGAAUGGACUAGGGAUGUGCCAAUUGAUUAGCCACCGAUUGGUAUCAGACGAAUUUUGGGAAAAGUUUGUGAUCGGCCAUUGCCCAUUAAUGUCUUUUAAUGUGGAUCACAAACCCUCAGACCCUCUCUGGCUGGCAAGCGGCUAGCAACUAAUUCUGUUGGGGUUUUUUUAUAAACAUUGUGGAGCCACUCCCCGGAGUGAAUAGUAAUCCCUUCCUUUAUGGCAAGUAAACUGCAUUGCUUCGUAACUCAGUAAACAUGCCAAACAUGUUACACACUGAGUGAAUACCAGGAGCAGGCUUGCUAAUAGUUAAGCUAACCUAGCUUGAAACAACAAAACAAAUAAGUGCUUAAUAAAGUUUAAGAAGUGUAGAUAGAACCACAUCAAUGUAAGUGGAUAUCAACAUGUAGAUCGAUACAAGACUACAGAUGAUAAUAUAUACAAUCCAUAAAUUGGCGUUGUCGAUAUUAAGGGUAGUACCAGUAAUCAGGUCAAUAUUUUCAUUUUCUCAUAACAUAUUUUUGUGGUUUUUGUUAAUGUACACAUACUCGGAAUAAUUCCCUGGACACAGGAUGAGUUUGAGGGCAAAAACCAAAGGCAUUAAAUGAGUAGUAGAUAGUAGUUUUUGCUUUUUUGUGUAUCCCAGAGUAAAAGAUGUCCUUAGUGGACAUGCUCAGUCCCACUGAGAGAAGACUGAAUUGGCACACCCAUGAACACUUUUCUUACUGACUGCUUGUUAGCUCUUUUACUACCUCAGCUGCGUUCACUCAAACAAAGAGGUAAUUGUCCUUACGUAUCUUACUCUUAUUUUGAAAAGGCACAUUUAGCAAAAGUUGGCAGCUUAUCGCUUCCUGCUCUUUCAGAGCAUGUUGUGGUCUCAGAGAGAGACUGCGGUUGUCAGCCGAGUCGUGUUCUGACCUGCAUGAACGCUGUUGCAACACACCAGUUGCCAGACAUACCUCAACAUGGCCGUGCAGAAACACACCUGCACUAAUGCCCUAAACACGCCCCUUUCUUCGUCUGUGCACAAAUAAAAAGCCCGAGACGUCUGAUGUUAAAUUCUCAGACAUGUUUCUUUUCUUCGUGACUUUGACCGUACCACGCAGAGGUGGAAGAAGAGACUGAUUUGAAACGUUGCCUCGUUAGGGGAGGUUCUUCUUCUGCGUGUUACAAUGCUGUUCAAGUGCGAAACCUGCCGUUUGUUUUAUGAAGCAACAUCUUUGCAGAUGCAAGAACGCAAAUUAAAUAAAUCGUAGCAUGGUU